UUAGCUGUUAAACUUACAGAUUUCUACUCUUAAAUGCUGACUGAAAUCAGCAUUUAAGUACAGCAAAUGUAAACUGUAAUACCAAUUUUAUUGGUUAAGAGCAAAUUUUGUGAACUAAAUAAAUAUAAUAUACAGAGUAUACCCUUUUUUUUUUUUUUUUUGGUUUGACGAUUUCACUUUGUUGUUCGUACAAACUUUUUUUUUUAUUAAAUACAAUUUAGAAAUAAAUUCAUUGUGAAUUAAAGGGGACUUUCUGGAGGCUGGGGGCAGCUCAGCUCGGCUCGGCUCGGCUCGGCUCGGCUCGGCUCGGUAAGCAGCAGUCCUGGGGCUGGGUGGUCCGGGACUCGGGGCAUCAGAAGACGCACCGUCAUUGUUGAGCUACCGGUGGAGAGCGUCUGUGUUUGCCCUCUUCAUUAGACAUUCUAGUGUCAUGUGGGCAGAAUAAAUAAAAAGGAGCGGAGGUCAAAGGGAGCGAGCGGCGUUUAAAUGUGUUUUAACAGUCAGUUAAAGCUGCGGACGCUUUCUGUCGCUUUCCAAAUGAUGGAAAUGAGCCUGGAAAGUUUGCAGAGCUGGGAGUAAUCCCGAGUUAAAAGAGGGGGAGACUCUCCGGGUAGUGUCAGUAAGCAACCACGGGCCAGAUUUUACUACUUCAUCCAAGAUACCAUCUUAAUUCACCGAUAUAUUCUGCUUUAUGAUAUUUUAGACUAGGUUAAGCUUAGCUUUAUUUGUCACGUGCACUUUAGGAAUGCCAAAAAGAAAGAAAUGGGGGCACAACUAAAACAAGAGCAAUAAUAAAUAACAAAAAAGAUAAGAAGUAUUAAUAUAAAAAAGAUAAUUUAUGCCUCAGAAUUGAGCAAACGAAUGUCCAGGUCCAGGUGGACGCGCGGUCGCAUUUUGAGGAUCAACCUGUGGAUUAAUGUAGUGAAGUGGGAUUAGUGGAGCCCAACAAACCCCGCUGGAUCUGACGCCUCGGUUACAGCAGGCAGCAGGUCUCAAACGCCUCACAGCUGCUGCUAAAAAGCACACUUUGCUAACAGAACACGGUCGUGUUAGGACUGAAUGAAAGGUUAACGAGACAAUAAUCCACAAACCAACCAAGAGUCUGUGAUUUGGACGGCCCACGGCGAGUUGUUACGCUGAUUAAAGCAUCUGUUGGCCAGGCGGGACUUAAAAGGCCACCAAAUAAGAUGAUUUAGGAACAUCAAGGCUUUUCCCCAGCGGUAAUGAUUACAUUUGGCCUUCAGAUCCAUGCAAGAAUUUGUUGCGCAGUAAAUCUCCUUGAGUCGCCAAUCCUCCCACCCCCAAAACCCCCAGCGCUCUUCAAAAGCCUUGUUAUUCAAAGGGUUAGGAUGUUUGACAAUCCCAGCUUGUACAACUCCACCAAUUAAUUGGAUACGUUGUAGUAAGGAUGUUGGGUCUCUCUCAUCUGUUGCUUAGAAAGACAAAGGCUUAGCGGGGGGUUGUUCGCACCUCCCCGUGCUGCCGGGGUAUAAAUCGAGGCUCUUCAGGUGGGUCAGGCAUUCAUUCUCACAGUGGACCUCGGAGCAGCAACUUUUUAUUUUUAUUUUAUUUUUUUAUUUCCCUCUCAGAGAGCAAAUUUGAAACAUGCAGAUACCGAAUAGACCAAUGGAAGCUGGCGGAUACUCCGUGCGUAAUUACGCACGGGCCUCACUAUGCGCUCAGAGCAACGGGAGCCGCUGCACUCCGGCCGCCAAGACUCCAAGCGGGAAGUCUUUCACCAUCGAGGCUCUGCUGGCCAAGCCGGAGGAGGCGGCACCCAGAGACCGGAGCGGACCGAACCAGUGGGGGGAGAAAUACCCGCAAACCGCGCCUCCUCCGCACCUGGCCGGGUUAACGCUUCCACCGGCACAAUACCUCUAUUCACCCAACGCGUUGCACCCCAGCGUUCACCCGCAGCCUGGAUAUUCCGUCUACUGCUACCCGCCGUUCACCUACGCACCAUCCUGCCGGGGAGCGUUUUACUCACAAGCUACCGUGUCCAAAGCGAACGCAGCGAUGCACCAGUUCAAGACGAAAGGCGGAAAGUCGAAACGCAUGCGCACCAGCUUCACCAGCGAGCAGCUGUCCCGGCUGGAGAAGGAGUUCGCCCGGCAGCAGUACAUGGUGGGAUCCGAGAGGUUCCUCCUGGCCUCCGCUCUGCAGCUCACUGAGGCUCAGGUCAAAGUCUGGUUCCAGAACAGACGCAUCAAGUGGCGCAAACAGAGUCUGGAGCAGCAGCAGGCCAAACUGGCCAAACUGGGACUGGCCACUCCGCUGAAGAGUCCCGGAUCUCAGGGCCACGGAGACGAAGGCGACGAAGACUUCUCCGACUCGGAUGUGGAUAUCGAUGUAUCCGAUGACUUGGUGGACCACUGCUGACCGUUUCAGAACAAAGACUUCCCUGUACAUAGCGCUGAGAAAGGAGACAGCUGUCUCCGACUAUGAAUAUUUAAUAGAUUUAUACUUAUAUAUUUAAUUUUCUACGUUUAUUCCUCGGAGAUGAGAACGUAUCCUGUAUGGCUUUACAUCUGACAUAUUUUUAAAUAUAUUUUAGGACUUUAAUGCCAAUUCAGUUGUGUUUCUUUCUUUCUCCUCUGCCCUUCACAUCAAAAGCUCUCAAAGGAAAACAUAAAAGACAUAAUUUAA